GCCGCCACGAUUGCAGUUUGUUCGUAAUUUCUCUCUGGCUGCUCUCUUUCUUUUUCGUUUCCUCUUUUCUAGGCACAGCUGUUCAAAAUUCAAAACUCUGCGUUGUUUAUGAAUUUCAUUCUCUUCUUGAUCUUUGUCUGUCACAUAAUUGACCUACUUGGUGAACAAGCUAAGGUACCUUUUGCCUUGUGCGUGGUCCAAUACAUCGGCUUGCCCCCAGUCUUUGCGCUUGUCCACUGGAGCACAGCAUCGAAUUGAGAAGGGGAAAAAAAAAGGAAAGAAAAGUCCCAUCGCCCGCGUGCAUCAAGGGGAGAAAGAUACAUCGUCUUGUUGCUUGGUCUGCACGUCGCCCAAAAGUCUCGCGUUGCUUCUUUUCUUUCUUUUUUGAAUUUUUUUUUUCUCUCCCCCCUCCUUACUCCCUUCUUGUCUUGCGUUGCUCGUGCAGAAGCCCAACGGCCUCCACAGCUUUCAUAGCUACGCGGCCUGACCUUGUCAGUAAUCCGUUUGGGGCCGCCCCCAAUCCUGCCAACCGGCACCGAUAAAGAAAAUUUAGCGGCAACUCAGAGAUACCUCACCUAGCUACCCAGGCUUGCAAACUCAAAUGAAGUUUUUUGGCAAGAAGUCGCUCAAAAAAAACCAACGCCAGGACAGUGGUGAGGACACAGACGAUUUCUCCCACUCGGAGCCUUCCUCGCCCAUCAAAAGCCCCUCUCACAAGUCAUCCUCACCAACCAAAUCUUCGCCGACAAAAUCUCCCGUCAAACAUCUGCAUUCCCACAACCCCUCCAAGAUCGACCAGGAAAAUUUGCCUUCGCUUUCACGAGAGUCGAAGCACCCUCGCCUGUCUCGCUCUUUUGGGAGGGAUCAAGGGUCAUCUUCGAGGCGCAAGAAGAUUGAUCCAGACACGCACCCUCUGAAUCUACCACCUGAGGAGCGAAAGCGCCUCUCAGAACUCUCAGCUAUGUCGAACCGCGGCGAAUCCAUGGACAUCGACCGGGAGCCCCCGAAUGGAACUCCUGCUUCGCCGAAGGCCCAGUCACCCACGCCGCAGCCUCCUUCCGAUCAACCCGGUCCAGCCGACGCCAACGGAGGUAGUGCUCGGCCGAUCAAUACAGACUCAGACGUUCCGGUGCCCCCGCCACACAAGUCUCCCCCGGGGCCAACCCCCGCCGAGGAGGCCGAGGGCUACAAAGCAGCCGGGAACAAGCUCUUCAAAGACAAGGAGUACAUACGCGCGAUUGGCGAGUACACCAAGGCUGUGAACCUGGUUCCCAACUCUGCCAUCUACAGAAGCAACAGGGCUGCUGCGUUCAUGUCCGCCGGAAAAUAUGAAGAGGCAUUUGAGGAUUGCAAACGAUCACUCGAACUCGAUCCUGACAACUCAAAGACCCUACUUCGGUUGGCCCGUAUUUACACAGGCUUGGGCAAGCCUGAUGAGGCCCUUGCGACUUUUGGUCGCAUCCGCCCUCCGCCGUCCACGAAGGACAUGGCCCCAGCCAAGGAGAUGCUCCAACACGUUGAGGCGGCCCAGUCUGCUCUGAAGAGUGGCCAUGCAUCCUUUGUGCUGCGAGCUCUUGACCUGGCAGAGAAGAAUCUGCCAUAUGGUGUUCUAAGGCCGAGAAAAUGGCAGCUCAUGCGAGGCGAGGCACUUCUCAAAAUGGCUGAUAUCAACUCAAUUGGGGAUGCUCAAAAUAUCGCCAUGUCUCUCUUGAGAAUUAACAACCAAGACCCUGAGGCCUUGGUACUUAGAGGACGUUCCCUUUAUGCACAAGGGGAGAAUGACAAGGCCAUCCAGCAUUUCCGCAAAGCUGUUAGCCUUGAUCCCGAUUUCAAAGAUGCAGUCAAAUGGCUGAGGGUUGUUCAGAAGCUUGAUCGCAUGAAGGAGGAGGGUAACGUUGAGUACAAGGCCGGCAAAUGGCAAGCAGCCAUCGAGAAAUACUCGGCCGCUCUACAAGUUGACCCGGAUAACAAGGGCACCAACUCCAAGAUUCUCCAGAAUCGAGCGCUUGCAUAUAACAAGCUCAAGCAGUAUGAUCAGGCCAUUAUUGACUGCGAGAAGGCUCUGAGUCUGGACCCCAGCUACACCAAGGCACGCAAGACCAAGGCUACUGCUCUUGGUUUGGCUGAAAAGUGGGAAGAUGCGGUCAGAGAGUGGAAGAGCCUUGCCGAAUCGGAGCAAGGUGAUCGUGCGAUUCUUAAAGAGCUUAGGCAUGCUGAGCUUGAACUCAAGAAGAGCAAGAGAAAGGACUACUACAAGAUUCUAGGGAUUACCAAGGAUGCGGACGACAAGGAAAUCAAGAAAGCCUACCGCAGGCUGGCCGUCAUCCACCACCCUGACAAGAACCCGGGCGACGAGGCGGCGGAAGCACGGUUCAAGGACAUUGGUGAAGCCUACGAAACCUUGAGCGAUCCUCAGAAACGUGAACGCUACGACAGCGGCAUCGAUUUGGAGGACCCAUCGGACAUGUUCGGGGGAGGAGGCCAUGGCAUGCAUGGCGGCAUCGACCCAGAAAUAUUGUUUAGUAUGAUGGGCGGCCAAGGUGGGUUUGGUGGCGGGGGUGGGUUCGGCGGGGGUGGCGGCUUCCAUUCUUUUGGGGGCGGUGGCUCGCGCCAGCGCGGCCGCACCGGCGAGUCAAAGCCUUACAGUGAAGGGGAUCCGGGACAAUCUUACCAGGACAAUGACCCAGCCCAGAGCGCGCAGUGGUAUGCCGCGGACGACGAGGAGCGAGACGACACCGACGACGGUGAUAGACGAGAUCGUUAUACAACAGAGAAAGGCCGAGAUACGACCUUGGCUCAAUUGCGCAAGUUCUGGCCGUGGCUGGCGGCUGUGGUAGUGCUUCUGCCUCCCACACUGGGUUUUCCUCUAAUUUUUGCUUGUGGAGUUGUGUACAUUAUCACCAAGGCUGCAAAACCGGCCACGCAAAAUCGGGGAGACUGGGUAGAGGAUGAUGGCCAUUAG